CACCGCCACCGCCACCACCUACUGCCUUUCUUGUAUUAUAACCACCACCAUCAUGAAGCUCUUUAACUGGAUGCAAAGUAAAUUCAAUGGUGGACAAGGGCAUAAGAACUCGAAUGCCACCUCUACUGCUCAUCAUGCCAAUCAAGAACCCCGGAAAGAAGAAUUUAGCGAUUGGCCUCAUGGGUUGCUGACAAUAGGCACUUUUGGCAACAAUGACCUACCAAGUGAAAAUGAAGAAAUUCAAGAAAACCGAGGGGAAGGAACAUCGUCUCCAGAUCUUUCUGAAUUCACAUCUGAGGAGAUAGGGAAACUGCAGAAAGAGCUAACAAAGCUCCUGUCCAAGAAACCGGCUGCUAACAAACAAGAGAUAGCUGCUGAUCUCCCGUUGGAUAGAUUUCUAAAUUGCCCGUCGAGCUUAGAGGUUGAUCGUCGACUUUCUAUCACAGUUAAUAGUGAUGACAAUGAUAAGGAGGAAGAUAUUGAUCGCACGAUUAGAGUUAUUCUUGGUAGGUGCAAGGAUAUUUGCAUGGAUAACAGUAAGAAAACGAUUGGGAAGAAAUCAAUUUCUUUCCUUUUCAAGAAGAUUUUCGUAUGCAGCAGCGGGUUUCCAUCGAUUCCUAGUGUGCGUGAUCCGCUUCCUGAAUCAAGAAUGGAGAAGCUCUUGAGGGCUAUGCUUAAGAGCAAGAUCAACCCUCCGAACUCUUCUCAAGCAUCAACAAAGAGGAAGAUGAUCGAGGGUAGACGAUCAUCCAAGAAAAGGGAAGUUACAGAGGAGGAAAAUGGGAAGGAUGGGUCGAAAUGGGUCAAAACUGAUUCCGAAUAUAUUGUUCUAGAGAUAUGAAUGUUACCAGACCCUGUAAAGAUGAUGAUGACAAGGGUUGUAUCUUUUUGUUGCUG